AUGUCUCUCGUCGGAUUUGGGCGCGUGAUACGGGGACGUCUUUUCCCGCCUGCCAACCCUACCGGCUCCCUCGAAGGGAAAACCGUCCUCUUGACCGGUGGCACGUCCGGCCUAGGACUGGAAGCAGCAAUAAAAUACAUAAACCUAGGCGUUUCCUCGCUGAUCAUCGGAUGCCGCAAUGCAGAGCGAGGAAACGACGCUAAGAGGAUAAUUGAAGAGAGAACAAAACAUGAUACAAACACCGACUCUAAAAUCCAAAUAUGGCCGCUGGAUAUGGCCAGUUAUCAGAGCGUCAAGACUUUCGUGGAGAGAGUGAACGAUGAGAUCCCCAGGCUUGAUAUCGCGUUAUUGAAUGCCGGGGGGAUGCACAGGAAAUAUACCCUGACGCAAGACGGAUGGGAGGAGACACUCCAAGUUAAUGCAUUGUCAACUGCGCUGUUGGGACUACUACUGCUUCCGAAGCUAAGGGCAAGUCGUGACCCCGUCACUGGCAUGCCGGCGCAUCUCACCUUGAUCUCUAGCGGAUCCUACAGACAUGCGAAGGCCGAGGAGAUACAGCCAGAAGGGGCCAGCAGUAUCCUCCAACACUUGAAUAGCGAAGAAGCAUUCCGCGCCCACUCUCAAUACAGAGCAUCAAAGGUCCUUGUCGAAUAUACUGCAAAGAGCCUCGCAAAUUUAACCCGCUGUGACGAUGGGAAGGUGGAAGUGAUCGUCAAUUCUGCUUGUCCUGGGUACUGUCGCUCGGGGCUGGGUCGCGAGUACGACGCCUUGCACGAGCGCAUGUUCGUUACCGUGUUUGAGCUUCUCUUCGGUCGAACGUCAGAGCAAGGCAGUAGAACCCUUGUGAGCGCAACGAUGCUCGGUGAAGAGUCGCAUGGGAAAUGGUGGAGGAGUGAUGAAUAUCCAGAUAUCUCCGCAACCCUUACCGGAUCCAGAGAAGGGAAGAUAUUGCAAAUACGAGCUUGGGAAGAGAUUGUGGGGGAGCUCAAGCUUCGAUCUCCCGAGGUUCAGCGGCUCACCUGA